CUCUGGUGCUAACUGCAGCAUAAAUGUUAAUGACUGUUCCAACAACUGUCCUAGUACCAGCACCUGCAUUGAUAUGGUCAGCGCCCACUACUGCAGGUGUCCUCUUGGGAAGACAGGGGAGUCAUGUGUAAAAGAUUUGGAUACCAAUUACGACCUGUACUUUUACCUGACUAGUCAGGACGGCUAUACGGCCCUGCCCUACCCCAUCUACCUGAGUGGGAGCUCCUUCUCCCUCAGUGUCUGGGUCCGCUUCUACAAGUCCUCUCUCACAGGAACCUUCCUGACCAUUUUCAUUGCAAAGUCUGCCAACAGUCUGGCCGGUGUGACAAAGUUCCUGUCCCUGGACCACCAAGGCUUGGUCGUCUACGACAAGAACGGUCAGAAUCCACAGAGGGCCGCCUACCAACAGCAGACGGUCACUGACGGACAGUGGAACUAUGUGGUGGUGUCCUGGAACAAAGACGAUGGGUUUGACUUGGUGGUCAAUAGUCUGAGACAGAGUCAGAUUUCCACCACCCCCUACACAUCAAUGAUGGCCGAAAAUGUAUGGGUCACUCUUGGUGCAGACUUCGACAGUACAAUUUUGCCAAAGGCAAAUAAUGGUUUUCAAGGUCAUAUUAGCCAGCUUAAUAUUUACAACCGAGUACUGAGCUUUGAUGAUGAGAUGCCUCAGCUAAUCACUGAUCCACAAAAGAUAUUCAAUGGGUCCAUUUUACGCUGGAAUGAGUUUGUCUACUAUCGCGGUGUGCAGCCUGUAUAUCCAUCAAGUGUCCAGAAACCCUGCACGGGAGCAAACUGUCUAGCCUACAACAAGACAUUUCCUACAUUCAAGAAGUCAUGUCCAUAUAACGUGUACAUGGUGUCAGCAGACAGAUUAACCACAGUGACCUGGACUGAACCCAUCCCACAGGACGGUGCAGUUCAGCAGAGUACCUACAAAUCAGGAGACAAAUUCUCUUGGGGAAAAUAUACCAACAUGUAUGCUAUUCGUGAUGCAGCCAAUAGCUCAACAUUUUGCUCCUUUAACAUAUAUGUGAUGCCUGAGCAGUGUGUGUAUCCUGACCCCCCACAUCUCGGUACAAGGACGUAUGAGAGGGGCUACUACCCUUACUUUGGGUGCACCAUUGGUUGCACUGAUGCCAAUCGGAGGAUUGAUCGGGACACUCCCAAAGUUUACACCUGUGGACCUUCAGGAGCUUGGAGCCCAUCCAAUAGAAAUAUUCCACUUCGUUUUCCAUCUUGUGGAUUGGUUCAGAGCCAUGCGAGAAGGCGACUAAUGAUGGAAAUUGCUUAUCCCAACAUUUCGGCUACCUUCUGUGACACCCUGGCUUUAAAACUGAGAGAAGCCUUAACCUCAGUUAAUACUAGAUGGUCCAAUCAGAUUUGUAGUCAUCCCAACUGUAGUGACAUGACUGUUGCUGUUAACUGUCUGACAACACCAACAUCAGUAAAAAUGAUUAUUCCUACAUCCAAGGCCACACUAACUCGGUCAAGUCCUGCAGAGACUUUAAGUGUGGAGGAAAUUCUGAUAAGAAGUGUCUUGGAAUCACGGCUUUUAGAUAUCUCAACAGAAAUUCCCAAUGGAUCACCUAACCUGAACUUAUUCAAUAUUGACUCAACAGAAAGUUGUCCUACCAGACAAUCAGUGGUGGAUGGCUAUUGUGUCAAGUGUGGUCCAGGAAAUUUCUUCAAUAGCAGUACCCUUGUUUGUGAGGAUUGUCCAGUGGGAACUUACCAGGAUCAGGAUGACCAGACUUCCUGUACUCCAUGUCCCCAGGGAUCCACAACACAGACUGUAGCCAGUCCUAGCAGCUCAGACUGCAAACCCAUUUGUAGCCCUGGACACUAUCAAACAGGAUCUAGGUGUGAUCCCUGUGGGGUGGGCUUCUACCAGAGCCAGUAUGGAAAGUUCUACUGUGACCCAUGUCCUGUGAAUAGCACCACACAAGGCGACUCUUCGACUUCUGCGUCUCUGUGCGAUGUUAGUAGUUCAGUGACGAAUGAGCAGAGUGACCGUAGAGAAAAUGAAACAAUUACGGUUUAUUAUAUCAUUGGGUUUUCAUGCACGGGAAUAAUCGUCAUUCUUUUAGUCACCGUUGUCUGUAUUUUAGUGAGGAGACAUCUAAAACUGGUAAAGGAAAUGCAUUCUUCACAUUAUGUCAAAACCAUUGACUCAUCGACACUGCAACAAAUUGAUGCAAACUAUGACACUCAAUAUCAAGAACUAGAAGAGAGUCAUUACCACUACCUAACGCCUUGUAAUGCAAAUUCACAAUUAUAACCAAGAUGUGUAAACCAGCUCCAUGUACUUGACAGUGCAAUGAGAAUUUCAAAAGAGAUUAUUGUUAAUGUUAUAAUUUGUAUCAAAGUAAAUCGUUCAAAAAUAAGUACAAACUAGCUGAAGUUAAAAAAUAUUAUAAAUAACUGUGAAUGAAAAAAAUCAUUAAUAAUUCAUAUUUGAUGUACUUAUAAUUCUUGCAUUAUGUAAAGUCAACUAUUUCACUAAGGAGCAUGCCUGUAUAUCAAACAAUUAAUUAAUAAACAUGUUACGUGUGUCCGAUCAUAAGAUAUACCGGUACAUACCCUAAACCAACUUUUAUUGGAGUGAAAUGAAAAUUUGCAAGAUUGUCAAUCAUAGUAGAAUAUUCCUCAUAGCCAAACAGUCCUUUACUGUCUCUCAUAUCUACAACAAACAAACAAACUUGGAUCUACACUAACUAAG